AUAUAUAUAGCGUGAAUAUACUGAGGUCAACUUAACUUCCUCCCAAAUGCUCCCAUCUUAGGUACACUCCGUCCUUCAUUCGCAAUGCCUUCUUUUCUCACCCCCCUCCGCCCCGGAGUCUAUGCUCCGACUAUGACCUUCUUUAACCCCGACACGGAAGAUCUCGAUAUCCCAGUCAUCCGGAAACAUGCUGUCCGUCUCGCCAAAGCUGGUCUGGUUGGCCUGGUCUGCAUGGGCUCCAACGGUGAAGCCGUCCACCUCACUCCCCAGGAACGCCAGACUGUCAUUCGCGAGACUCGCUCCGCCCUCGACGAGGCUGGCUUCCAGAACGUCCCCGUUAUCGCGGGAGCCAGCGAACAGAGCAUCCGCGGCACCAUCGAGCGCUGCAAGGAAUGUUUCGAUGCUGGUGCGGAAUAUGCCCUGAUCGUGCCCCCCAGCUACUACCGCUAUGCCGUGGGCAACGACGAGACCCUCUACGAGUUCUUCACGGCCGUUGCGGACGGCUCCCCCAUCCCUCUGAUCCUCUACAACUAUCCCGGGGCUGUCGCGGGCAUCGACAUGGAUUCGGAUCUCAUCAUCCGUAUCUCCCAGCACCCCAACAUCAUCGGAACCAAAUUCACCUGCGCCAACACCGGAAAGCUCACCCGUGUCGCACGCGCCAUGCACGCCAUCACCCCUCCAUCCCCCCUGGCUCCCGCCGCCGCCGCCGCCGCCGCCGUCCCUGUCACCAAGACCGCCGCGAACCACCCUUACGUCGCGUUCGGCGGGAUUGCCGACUUUACCCUGCAGACGCUGGCCUCGGGCGGGUCGGCCAUCUUGGCUGGUGGCGCCAACGUCAUCCCCCGGCUGUGUGUGCAGGUCUUCAACCUGUGGAGCGCGGGUAGAUUCCAGGAGGCCAUGGAGACACAGGGCUUGCUCAGUGCUGCGGAUUGGGUGCUCACAAAGGCUGCUAUCCCGGGCACUAAGAGUGCGAUCGAGUCUUACUAUGGGUAUGGCGGCUACCCCCGCCGGCCUCUGGCACGCCUGAGUGACGCCCAAGUGCAGGCUGUUGCGGAUGGGAUCAAGGAGGCCAUGACAGUGGAGCAGUCCCUGCCUGAUGUUGCUUAAGCGGGCGAACCGCAAAGAGGAACAGAAAAAGAGAACCUAACCAAUUAAUUACCUACUCUGAAUUUUUCUCUUUUUGUAGAAUAUUUCCCUUGCGCGGGGGGGAUUAGCCAAUAUGAAUCUAAUCCGCAAUUUGCCCCCUCUCGUCCGAGAAAUUCGAAACGCUAUAGGUGGACAAACUCGCCCGAGUCGCCGGUUGAAUUGAUCCCGUGUAUGAGAUUGCAGUAUUCCUGAGGGAACUACCUAAACAGAAAACAGGUGGCGUGGGAUAGGCGGCGCGCAACAUCGAUAAUUGUCACGAUGUCUGCAUUCUGGACUUGUGACUCGGAUGGAAUAAUAAUUGUUGUUGCGAUGAUCCGUCCCCCCCCCCCCCCCC